CCUAGACACGCCUACUAAACUCUAACCUGUUGACAUCAGAGAGAGAAGAGGAUUUCUGAUUUUGUCUUAGAUUUGUGGACUCAUUGUCUUGUUUUUGAUGCCAGUGAAGAAUCAGAGCAUUCUUUAUUCGUUCUUAUUUUGUCUAACUUUAUUGCUGGUCUAUUCUAUAUUGGGAAGCACCAUGGCAUCAUCUAAUUCUCCAAUCAAGGUCUCAAUGUCAUGUUCUCGUGUUAUGAGUAAACUCAAUUGUGAUUUUGAUUACACUAACACGGCCAGUGAAGACUACUACGUUGGUGAAUACUUCACUCCAUUGGAAGGAAUAUACAAUCGGUUUCUUACCAUCACCUAUCAAGAUGGUACUGAUGUACCAUACAUGGGGAUACUUGCAGGACGUGUUGCAGCUACAAAGGAGAACUUUAAACUAAUUAAAGCAGGAGAGACCAUUUCGGCCAGCGUUGAUCUUACCGAGGCUUAUACUUUUGACAAAGAUGGCACUUAUACUAUAGUGUAUGACAGGCCACUUGCUUAUCUGUCUGCUAGUGAGAUGUCAAAUAUUGUCAAGGAUGAGGAGCUCCCUCAAGGAGGAUGGAAUGACGUGGUCCUUGCAAAAGUCGAAAUCAAUUUGGCCAAUACUCGUGAUUUGGCUAAGCCACGUUUUGAUUAGUUAACUUUACGAACACAUUGCUGCUUUUUUUUGCUCAUACAUGUGGCUAUAUAUUUUACAUUGUCUUUGUCUUGUAUAUUUGAUUCGCAUGUUUUGAUUGUAAUGAAGUAAUUUUAAAUUUCUUAAUCUGUUAUUAAAACUGAGUGCCAAAUGCCAAUAGUAAUAAUAGUAGCUGUAUCAGCUAGCUGAAGUGUGAGCCAAUAACGUAGACCAUUAUAAAAUUUGCGUCAAUACAGUAAACAACUGAUUGUGCAUUCUUCUGCUUUUUCAAUGAUUUUAUUUCUAUCUGCUAUAUUGUUCUUGUGCUCAGGAAGCACCAUGGCUGCAUCUCCUGAGUCUCCUAUCAAUGUCUCUAUGUCUGCCUCUAGGGGUCACAAUGGUGAAGUCCUCUGUAAUUUUGAAUUCACCAACACAGCUGAUGAGGACUACUACAUUGGCACAUACUCUACUCCUUUAGAGGGAAUAUAUUCUAGCUUCCUCACCAUUACCUAUCAAGAUGGCACUGAUGUACAAUACAUGGGGAUACUCGCUAGACGUUUGCCACCGACUAAGAAGACUUUUAAGCUCAUUAAAGCAGGAGAGACGAUUUCAGCGAGUGUUGAUCUGACCGAGGCUUAUAUUUUUGACAAAGAUGGUACUUAUACAAUAGUGUUUGAUAGAACACUUGCUUGUCUUUCUGCCAAAGAGAUUUCAAAAUUCUCUGAUGAUGAUGAGCUCCCACAAGGUGGAUGGAAAAAUGUUGUGCUGGUGAAAGCCGAAAUCAAUUUAAGCAACACUAGUAGCCUGAAAAAACUGCCUACUAUAUAAAAUAAUUUAACGUUUCAUAAUUUGAUCGCUAAUAAUUAUUAUUACAACAAAAAAAUUAAUUA